AUGAAACAUCUGAACGUCACUGGGUUCCGGAAUGAGCUACAUCUCCACGCGAAGGAGAACACUGGAACAACAGCAAAGGAGCUUAUGAAGUUGUUAACUAAGGUUUUUGAUAUCACAAUGCCAAGAAGACAGAGCCGUCGCCAUAGAAGUCUCUACUGGUGGACGCAGAACAUCGCAGAAGCCAGAAAAGCAUGCAUAGAACGAAGAGAGCAUCAACGAAGAGCGCAGAUGAAGCUGAUUCAAGACAAGAAACGGAAACACAAUCAGAAUGAAGCAAAAGAUAAUCAUUCUAAAAUGAUUGAAGAUAAUAAUGAUCCAGUCUAUGUGCUUUCGGAAAAAUCUCCUGCAAUACUUCUGGGAAAGCGUCUACCGUCAGACUGCUGCGAAAAAGCGGAAAAUCAUUCUGCCAUGACAAGAGAGGUGUUGGAGAAAAUUAUUAAUUAUGCGUAAAAGAAAUGCCCUUUCAACUAUCAUGAGAUAGAACAUUCCGAUUUUUAUGAUUGCGAUCCAAAUUAUGUUCCUACUGAUGACAAUGCUGAAUCAGCGGGUGAAGCACACACCAAAACUAAAGCAAAAAAAAUGACAAUAAGGGACAAGGUAUGUAAAAAACGCUUAGGCCAAGAAAAUGAGUGACAGGAUUAUAAAGCUAAAAAAGAACUUAAUCUGGG